AUGCGCCUGCAGCAGCUGUCCCAGCUUCAGCUCCACCAACAGCAGCAGCAACAACAACAGCAACGGUUCAACGCCAUGAACGGGAACAUGCAGCAGCUCGCAUCGGCCGGACAAGGCUCCUCUCAGCCAAACCCCGCGCAGCAGAAUCUCCUCAACAUGCAAAUGGCGAUGAACAACCUGAACGGACAGCAGCAAUCGCAGAUCAUGGGUAGACAGAUGGGUCCGAACGGCAUGAUGAACGGUGGGCAGCCGCCGAUGCAUCCUCAACAUCUCCAGGGUCGUCCGCCACAGCAGGGCGGGCCACCGACCGCGCAACCGCGUCGACCAAUACAGCGUCCCUCUCCUGAUCAGCUCCAAAACGCCGACAAGGUUAUCAAGGAGCUUCAGCAGCAAUGGAUGAUAUCGCAACGUCAGUGA